ACUCGUUACUAGUAAAUACUUGUCGCAAGUCACACAUCUCUAAGUGUGAAUGUCAGAACUAAACCUGAAAAAAUUUUUGUUUUGUUAAAGAAAUGGCGAUUUUUGAACCUAAAAACAACUGAUUUAGACAUAAGAGGCCAACAGCAUUUCGCAAGUGACAUUUAAGCGCUAGAGAAAGUGACAACGCCAACGCGUAUUUGAAACUGAAAAAACAAGCAAGAAAAUUCCAACACAGACCUUGAGUGGGCUCACACACACGUACACACACUCACAAAUAAGAACCAAUACACAUACGCAGAUAAACGGGUUGAAACGUCACAGCGGCCAGCGAGAGAGUUCCUGAAGUGUUUGCAGCUGCUGUUAGCCAAAUUAGCACGACAACAACAACAAAAACAACAAGAAGUACAGCGAAUUUGGAACAAAGGACUCACGAAAUGGUGAAUGUGCCGCCGCCGCUUUUAUGCAGCACGCCACCCCCGAUUGAUUUUGGCGAGGACGACGACGAUUCGGGGCUGCAGUCAACGCUGCACUUGGAAGACGGUGACGGUGACGCAGACGAAUUCUCUGAGUAUGGCUUAGUCACCGAAACGCAUGAAGUCUCGCUCAGUACGAAAGUUCCCUCUAUACCCGAACUGCCCAUAUCAACAUCAGAGCAUAUUGCACAACCACUGGCACCGGAAUUGAGCAAUGGCCAUAGCAAUUCAUCUGUAACUGCCAAACCAACAGUCGAGGCUUUCAAUUAUCAGGUGAAAGCGCCACAAUUUGAUGCAUAUGAGCAGGAAAUGCCUCCACCUUUACCUGAGAUCGAUGAUCCAGAGGAUUUCGAUAAACCAAAUGAGGAACAGGAGGCAGAGGCGGAGGAGGAAACCAAUACCAAUGAUAAUAUACCCUCACUUAAACUUGACAGCCUGAGUUUGUAUUCCAGCGAAAGUAUAUCGCCAACAUGCACAUUGUCUCCAGUGGCAGAUGAGCAAGCAACCAAAGCGCCUGUUUUAUGCCACCAAGUAACACUGGAGGAUGUAACCGAUGACAGUGAUGAGGAGUGUUCACCAAAGAAACCCAAAGAACUAUUCAUACCUGAGGGUGCCGAUGACUUUUUUGCCAUAGAGAUUGUAGCCACGCCCACUCUACAGCAGGUGCCUGCUGCUUUGAGUAAUCAGAUUCCUAAUGUAGAGCACACAUUUGCUGCAUUCCAAGAGACGCCUCCAGUAGACAUAUCUCAGCCGUCGACAAACGUAAAUGGAGUUGAUGAAGAUGUGGACGAUGACGAUGACUUUGGGGACUUUGCUGACUUCUCUGAGGCUCCAGCGCCUGUGGAGUCCCGGCGGCCCGAGCCUGUGAUGAGCAAUGAUGAUGGUUUUGAUGACUUUCAAGAUUUUGCAACUCCCUCAACGACUACAGUGGAGGCAGCCACUGUUGAGAAUAAUGAUGAUGAUGAUGAUUUUGGCGACUUCUCGGAACCUUCAUUUGUAUCUGUUGAAGCUGCAGUUACACCUGUUCUUGCCACACCAGGGCUACCCCAACCACCACCGCCAGCUGCAACAGUUUUGAACAUUACAGAGCGUGUGAAGCCCGUGCUGGAUCUAAUGUUUCCCAACCACGAAGCGAGCAGUGCACAGAUUGCAGCCAAACAGACGCCACUUGCUGAGGUGCAAAGCUUGCACUUCGGUGCCAUUGAACAGGCGCAUGCUCUGGACUAUCAGUGGGUCAGCUCGGAGAUGCAGCACUCCCUGGUGCGUUCCCUUGGCAUUGAUUCGCGAAAUAUUCUCUUUGGCGACAAGUGGAACUCAUCCAUGCCACGUUUUGCGGCCAACCUAAGCUAUGAUCCACUUAAGCCACUCAAGCCUCUGUCGGCAGCAAAUACUGCUGCUUCCUCAGUGCUGGACACCACAUCCAGCUGGCAGUCACCUAACAACAACAACAACAACUCCACCCUGCAGUCACUUGAGGGACUUGAAGCGACAACAGCAGCAACAACCACAGCCACAGCACAAGCGGGCCAAGUUAAAACGCAGCCUGGCAUUGCUCUUGGGCAAGGGCAGAGCACGACAAACGCCAGCAACAUCGGCAACUGCAACAGCAUCGAUGAAGCAAUUGCCGUUGCCGUUGCCAUGUCCGCCACCAAUUUCGAUGACACCGCAGCAACAGCAUCAGUAUUUGCUGCUGCAACAACAACAGCGACGAUAUCGGCUGCUCUACCAGCAGACGGCAAUGGCCACCACUUCGACGACGAUGAGCAGCACUCUCAGCAGCAGCAGCUUGAUCUGAGAAGCUCAUCCUCGUCGCCAUCACCGCCACCGCCACCGAUAGCAACAACAACUACAGUUAACAGUCAGCAAUUGCAUGAAGUCACCAAUAAUAGCAACAGUUAUGCGUUGCCCCUCAAGGAGACGCACAUUUAUACGCCCUCGAAGUCGGACACGGUGGUGGCCAAGACGACAACGCUGGCGCCCAUUGAUUUUGACUACGAGAUUGCCUCGGCUGGCAUCAUUAUUGACGAGACGGUUGUCAAGAAGGAAUAUCGCGAUGUGGAGUACAAACCGCCGCCCUUUGGCCUCGACUCGCCCAGCAAAGUGAAUGUAGCUGGAAAAACAACAACAGAGGAUGAUGAUUUCAGUGAUUUCCAAUCUGUGUCUGCCAUCAAGAAUUCGGCUCAGUUGCAGCCGCCACGCAAUGGCACGCCCACUUUUGGGGAGCAUAUGAUACUCAGUCCGGCCAUAUUGCUGCCACAAAGCAUUCCGUUGGCCAAGCCGAGCAUCGAAUGGGGCGACAAUGCAUUGGCCAGCAUCAAUGCCGAGGAAUUGGCUCGCAUCGAAGAAUUGUUUUCACAUCAGUACAAGCCGCCCACGAUAAGUGCAACGGUGGCGCAACAGUCGCCCAAGCAACAGCAGCAGAUGGAGCAGCAGCAGCAACAGGAGGAUGACGAUUGGUCUGACUUUGUAUCCGUGCCCGUGCAACAACAGCAGCAGCAGCAGCAGCUACAACAAAAUAGCCACAACAAUAAUGUAGUCAAUGUUCAGAAGCCGUCACAAACAGCUGCUGCAGCUAAAGAGGAUGAUUGGUCGGACUUUGUGAGCAGCACACCAUUGUCCGCUGCGCUCAAUUCACGUGCUGCGCCUCAGUUCAAUUCAGGCGCCUGGCAUAGUGCCAACUUCUACAAUAAUCCAAUGAGCCUCUAUCAGCAACAGCAGCAGCCACAUGGACACAGCAAUCUAGUGCCCAAAUACCAAAGCAAUAAAAGCAACAGCAGCAACAACCACAACAACAACAACAAUGUUGCUGCCAUACCACAGCAGAUACAUAUGAUGCAUGACUUCUCCACGGUGCCAACAGCAACACCAUUGGCAACACCUGCAACUUAUCAGCAGCAACAUCAUCAGCAUCACCAGCAACAACUGCAGCAGCAACAACAACAGCAGCAGCAGCAACAGCAACCUCAUCGUCAACAAUUUCACUUGGGCAAUGCAAAGGUGGCGCCACGAAUCUCUUUAAUACCCGAUCUGAGUUUUGUGGCACCGGCAUUGCCCACAAAUGCGGGUGCAUUCAUGAGUUCGCUGCCCAAGCCCAGUUUUAGUGCCAAGAAAUGACACAAGUUGCGGCCACAGCAAAAGCAAAAGUCGGCAAUGUUGCUAGUGCCGCCGCCACGCCCACUACCAGCCGAGGCAAGCAUCUUGACGUAGGCAACGCGUCCUCCUUGCAGUCGUCAGUAUUAUGAAUCCGUCUUGAUAUUAUUAUUUUUUGCUAAAUAAGUCAACAGACUAGAAGAUUGUGAGAGAAAAGUGUGCGUAAUGUUGCUCUUUGUUAUUGUUAAAAUGUUUGUGUAUACUCGUAUGUGUGUGUCAUUGUUGUUGCUCUUGCUGUUUGUUGAUGUUGUCGUUGUCGUUGUUAGUCUUGGGCUGUAGUUGUUAGUCGAAAGCAAUGGAUAAAUCGACGGAAAGAUGAGUAAAGAUUUCCUUAGUGCAAUAUUUAUAUACAUUUUUAAUUUUUUAAUUUCUUGAUAAAUUAGCUGGCCCGAAUACUUAACUUACUCAGCAAAUUUAGUACUAAUAUGUGUGUGAUUAAAGAAAGUUAU